AAAAAGAAUAAGGAAGCAAAAGCAUAUAAUGUUACGGUGAAUCCAAAGCUAAAACCCUACUCUUAGCUCUAACUGCAACAAUGGCUACGUUCCCUCCUCCUGGUUCAGUCACACUCUGUGAAGUCAAUCGUGAACUAAUUACCGUCGACGUCCUCUCCGACGAUCGAGCCAACAGCGCCUACGGAAAGCUUCUCGGAUUGGUGUUCAGUCCUGUGCCGUUUCAGCCGGCGCCGCCUCUCGAGAACGAUGCUUCCGAACAGGAAGGAGUGACGGCGACGACGACACCAGCAACAACAGCAGGAGAAAGCGUUCAGAGGAAAGGUCCGGUGGCACUCUUGCAAGGGAUUGUAAACGAGUGUCUUAGACGUCUCUUUUACCCUAACGAUGUGCAUUUGUUGCCGGAGGUGGAUCUUCAAGGUGUAAGCUGGCACCUUAAUAAGCAUAUAAUUGCUUUUAUAUCUGGGCCAGGACAAGUUUUAGUUCGUGAUUAUGAAGCCUUGGAGGGGAAGGAUGCGAUUAUUUUGACCAACGAGUCACAGAGGGAUGUUAGAGUGCUAGAGUGGAGGCCCAAUGGUGGGAGGAUGCUUGCUGUGGGUUGCAAGAGUGGAAUUUGCAUAUGGGCUGCUUCUUAUCCUGGAAAUGCAGCAUCAGUUAGAUCUGGUGCUGCUUACUUUGUAGGAAGUUUAUCUAGAGGCUCAGGAAUUCGGUAUAUCCUGGUUGAUUUUCUUCGAAGUCAAAAUGAUGAGCAUGUUAGCGCUCUCACUUGGAGUCCAGAUGGAAGAUACUUAGCUUCUGCUUCAUAUGAGAGCUCCUCAUUCACUGUGUGGGAUGUUGCUCAAGGUGUGGGGACUCCCAUCCGACGGGGAUUGGGAGGCAUAUCAAUGCUGAAGUGGUCACCUACUGGAGAUUACUUCUUUGCUUCAAAAUUUGAUGGAACAUUUUAUCUUUGGGAGACAAACACAUGGACAUCAGAACAAUGGUCAUCCACCAGCGGUUUUGUCAAGGGUGCAACAUGGGAUCCAGAUGGGCGUAUGAUACUGCUUGCAUUUUCGGAAUCUUCAACUUUGGGUUCUGUUCACUUUGCAUCAAAGCCUCCCUCAUUAGAUGCACAUUUGUUACCUGUUGAUUUGCCGGAGAUAAUAUCAUUGACAGGCAGUCAGGGAAUCGAAAAGAUAGCAUGGGAUAAUUCAGGGGAGCGGUUGGCUGUGUCUUUUAAAGGUGGAGAUGAUGUAUACAGGGGUCUGAUCGCCAUAUAUGAUACGAGGAGGACUCCUCUAAUAUCUACAUCAUUAAUUGGAUUUAUAAGAGGGCCUGGAGACAAUCCAAAGCCAAUCUCAUUUUCAUUUCACGGGAAGUUUAAGCAGGGACCAUUGCUUUCUGUGUGUUGGAGCAGUGGAUUUUGUUGCACUUACCCACUCUUAUUUCGCUCUCAUAUGCAUUCAUAACGAGGGUUUCUGCGACAUUUUGUUCCCUGUAUACAAUUUGGAGCAAGCUGAUUUUGAUGUUAACUUCGUUUGUUCAAUGUUUUGGGAUUAUAUUUUGGGGACGGUAAAAAUACUAUACUAAUAUUGGCCUGAAAGAAACUAUUGAUGCAUUUGUUUAGCGACUCAGCUGAUAAUUCAGAUGGAUCAACAACAUUAAGCAAACAAGAGUAUGCAGUUAGCCAACAGGAAAAGGUGCAUCUCAUAAAAAAUGUCAAAUUUAAGUUUAGCAUUCCUGUGGUAGGCACAAAGAAAAAUGUCAAAUGUAAGUUUAGCCUUAUAAUCUGGUAAUGGGCUGGGGUAA